AAGAAAAAAAAGUGGCGUUAGCAGAGGCGUCGAUUUGGCCCGGGCUUUAUGGCGGCCACUGCUAAAGCUUACCUGCUGUCUCGCUUCAGUUCCAACGACCUCUCACUCCUCAGACCUUUCCAAUCCCCUCCACCAAUACCUCUCUUCUCCUGUCAUCUCCUCCUCAUCCGCCCUUUACUUCCCUCCAUCACCCUCACCACCACCAAUUCCUCGAACUGUAAGAAUCGCUCCUCCUCUCCUCCGAUUCUCAAUUGUCUUGUAUCGGGUGUCGACGGUGGUGGCGUUGCGGACGACUUUGUAUCCAUCAGAAAGUCUGGAUUCGAUCGAGAGUUUUCUGUAAUCGCCACUAUGCUUAAACGCAUCGAACCCCUCGAUACCUCCGUUAUCUCCAAGGGCGUCUCUGCAGCCGCAAGGGAUUCCAUGAAGCGGACAAUCUCCACGAUGCUCGGAUUGCUUCCUUCUGAUCAAUUCUCCGUCACCAUCAGUGUUUCUAGGCGUCCCCUCGAUCGCCUCCUUGUAUCCGCCAUCAUUACCGGGUAUACUCUUUGGAAUGCGGAAUAUAGGGUUUCUUUGAUGAGGAACUUCGACAUCUCUCCCGGGAGUUCUGGAGAUUCGGUUCAUUCUCAUGGCUGUGGGGUUUCAGACAUGGAGUAUCAGAACAGGGAAGGUACGGGUGUUGAGGUUGAUGUGGAUACCUGCAGUGAAUUUGCAAUGGACAGAAGCGUUCCCCCGGGUUUGGGGGACUUGUCGCCCGAGGCUUUGAAUUACAUUGCAGAGCUAAAAUCCGAGCUGGCUACAAUUGAGAAGGAAUUCAAUGCUCAAAAGCAGGAAAAUUUGCACUUGGAAUAUGAUGGGGAAGGAAAUAACGAUUUGUUAGAGUACCUUCGAACUUUGGAACCAAAUAUGGUGACUGAACUAUCUCGUCCAUCAUCUUCAGAGGUUGGGGAAGUUAUUCAUGAACUUGUUCAAAACGUACUGCCAAAGUUGUUUAAAGAUGAUACCUCCUCCAGUUUCCUGGAAGAUUCAGCUAGAGAGAAAACAGAGAACCUACCAGAUGGUGAUAUUGAGCUUUGCGAUACUAUAGGAACUUCUCGGGAUUACCUUGCGAAACUGCUAUUCUGGUGCAUGCUAUUAGGUCAUCACUUAAGAGGCUUGGAGAACAGAUUGCAUUUGAGCUGUGCUGUCGGACUGUUGUAAAGAUGAAAAAAGUAAAAGUAGAAGAGGCAUGUAUAUUCUUCUGCUCUAUAGACUUCCUGUGAAACCAUAAUUAUGGUCAUCACUUGUAAUUCUUGUACCAAUUAGUUCAUAACAAAAUUUCUAAAGAAUUUUGUCCUGCAA